UUCACAGUGCCAAGAAGACGCCUUUUUCAUGUCCACGGAUCGGAUCGAUCUAUUGGUCUUUGUUUAAUGUGAUUGCUUCAGUCAACAACCAAACUUCUCUCUCCAUUGGAAGAAAUAUAUAUACACUUUCCUCUGCUUCUUUCCUCGACAUACUAGGACUCAAGAGAACCAGACGUUUUAGAGGGUGAGAGAAAAAUGGAGAAAGCGCUUAACAGACAGAGAGUUCUGCUUCAACAUCUACAACCCACUUCCUUUUCUUCUCAUCCUCUUCAAACCCAUGAAUCUGCUGCUCUCUCUGCUUCAAUUUGUGCGGCUGGGGACAGUGCUGCAUAUCAUCGAACAGCUGCUUUUGGAGAUGAUGUCGUGAUUGUGGCGGCAUACCGCACUGCCAUUUGCAAAGCAAGGCGUGGAGGUUUCAAGGAUACCCUUCCUGAUGAUCUACUUGCCCCUGUUUUAAAGGCAUUGAUAGAUAACACAAAGUUGAACCCAAGUGAAGUGGGAGAUAUAGUUGUCGGCACAGUUUUGGCACCUGGCUCACAAAGAGCAACUGAAUGCAGGAUGGCAGCAUUCUAUGCUGGUUUUCCAGAAACGGUGCCCAUCAGAACUGUCAACAGGCAAUGCUCAUCUGGCCUCCAGGCAGUUGCUGAUGUAGCUGCUUCUAUUAAAGCAGGAUUUUAUGACAUAGGGAUUGGGGCCGGAUUGGAGUCCAUGACAAUGGAUCAGAUUGACAGGAUUCACAAAGCUAACCCAAAAGUAGACAUCUUUGCACAAGCCCGAGAUUGUCUUCUUCCUAUGGGUAUAACUUCAGAAAAUGUUGCACAGCGAUAUGGAGUGACUCGGCAAGAGCAAGACCAUGCAGCUGUUGUAUCUCAUAGGCGUGCCGCGGCUGCAUCUGCAUCUGGUAAAUUCAAAGAUGAAAUUAUCCCUGUUUAUACCAAGGUUGUUGAUCCAAAAACUGGAGGGGAGAAGCCUGUUACAAUUUCUGUGGAUGAUGGAAUCCGACCAAACACAAACACAACAGACUUGGCAAAGCUGAAGCCUGCAUUCAAAAAGGAUGGGACCACAACUGCCGGAAAUGCUAGCCAGGUGAGUGAUGGUGCUGGAGCAGUCCUCCUAAUGAGGAGAAGCACAGCAAUGCAGAAGGGACUUCCUAUUCUUGGCGUUUUCAGGAGUUUUGCUGCUGUUGGUGUGGAUCCUGCUGUCAUGGGCGUAGGUCCAGCUGCUGCAAUUCCAGUUGCAGUGAAGUCUGCUGGUCUUGAGCUUGAUGAUGUGGAUUUGUUUGAAAUAAAUGAGGCAUUUGCAUCCCAGUAUGUAUAUUGCUCAAAGAAAUUGGGGCUUGAUCCUGAGAAGGUCAACGUCAAUGGAGGUGCGAUUGCUCUAGGGCAUCCUUUGGGUGCUACAGGUGCCCGCUGUGUUGGUACCCUAUUACAUGAGAUGAAGCGUCGUGGCAGGGACUGUCGCUUUGGUGUGAUCUCCAUGUGCAUAGGCUCAGGCAUGGGGGCUGCAGCUGUUUUUGAAAGAGGUGAUUGCGUGGAUGAGCUAUGCAAUGCUAGAGCAGCUAAAAUUGACAAUCUAUAGUCGAAAGAUGCCCCAAUAGAUGCACUUUGUGUAUCUUUGUAUUACAUAUCAGGCCAUGCCUUGUUUCAAUGUACAAUGCAUGUUACUUUCUAUUUUCACUAUAUUUAUUUCGCAAGAUAUACAUAAUGUCUUAUCUAGAGACAGUAAUAAAUAAAAUAAAUUAUGAAAAUAAGAUUCUGAAAUUAUCUUUAUCUCCU